AUGAUGGUCACGAAACUGGUUUUCGUUGUCGUCGCUCUGAUUUUCGAAUUAACUUCAGCCGGAAAGAACGAUGUGUACAAGGGUUUCACAGUUCAUGGUGUGAAGAUUCGCGAUCAGUCUGAUUUGAAAAUCUUGAAAGAACUGGUAUCAAAUCUAGAUUUAGAUGUUUGGUCCUACGGUUUUUUCAACCAACGAGACGCGAUUAUAAUGGUAUCACAGGAAAAUAAGACUAAAUUCCUCAGCAGUUUGGACGAUAAUGGCAUUGACCAUUAUGUUCAUUUAGCAGAUGUCGUUAGAGCACUUGAAGAUCACGAUGAAGAGAUUUCCAAAUGGCGAAACAGAAGAAACGAGAAAACAGUUUCUUUCGAAGACUAUCCUAGAUAUGCAGAGGUAAAUGAGUACAUGGAGAGGCUGGCAGUGGAGUAUCCAAACAUCGUUACCCUUGUGAACGCUGGACCUAGUUUUGAGGGACGUGAUAUUAAAUACCUAAAGAUCUCAACGACGAACUUUACGGAUGCCAGUAAACCGAUAUACUUCAUGGACGGCGCCAUGCAUUCGCGUGAAUGGGUGACGGUACCAGUGACCCUCUACUCAAUUCACCGCCUAGUCGAAGGACUAAUUCAGGAAGACCGUGACCUCCUGGAACAAGUCGAUUGGAUCAUUCUACCCAUCGUCAACCCAGAUGGCUACGAGUUCAGCCACACCGAUGAGCGUUUGUGGAGAAGAACACGUUCCUUCAGACCGGAAAUCAGCACAGUCUGCUACGGAGUUGACGCCAAUCGUAACUUCAACAUAUCCUUUAAUACAAUUGGAGUCUCCAGCAACCCCUGUUCAAACGUGUACCCGGGUCCAGAGCCAUUUUCCGAAGUGGAAGCGCAAUACAUCAGAGACAUUGUCUAUGAGCAUUUGGAUCGAAUACAGCUGUAUCUGAACAUUCAUAGCUACGGGAACAUGAUCCUCUUUGGUUACGACGAUCUGACCUUCCCGCCGAACGCAGUGGACUUGCACUACGUUGGGUCCGUAAUGGGGGCUGCUAUCGACACCGUGAAGUUAUCAGUCUCCCCUCACUAUGUGGUCGGCAACGGGGCCUUUAUUCUGUACGCGGUGUCUGGAAGUGCACAGGAUUACGUACAGUUCGCCGGAGUACCGUUCUCUUACACCCUUGAGCUGCCUGAGUUCAAUAGGUACGAUUUCCGUGUACCGCCAGCAUACAUCGGGCAACUCAACAUGGAGACCUGGAGAGGAAUAGCGGCCUCCGCCCGCGCUAGUGUCCCGUUCUACAAGCAUAGAUACAACUCCCGACAG